AUUUUUCCACAUGAUAAAUCGAACGGGAAAAUAUUCGUGAAAGAAACUUGCAUCUCGACAAUCACGAAGUCUGACGUGUAAUGGUAAAAAACUUUACCUCUUCGUCCUGGGAAUAAAAAUUAUUCAAUUUUAAAGCGCACCUCCACUUUCGUUUCAGUCUGUAGCCGCAGUAGCACUUUAAACCAAGGAAGCUGACAUUAAUUAACAUAAAUGCAGAUUACAUUGUUGUGUCUGUUUAAAUUUUGCAUAAUUCAUACAGCGGUUUUAAUUAUUGAGUGUAGCAACGGUAGUUACAAUAUAUUUGUUCAAAUUAGCGGUCUGAUUUUGAAUAACUGUGCGAUAAAAUUAGCCGAUUAUAAUCCAAUUCCUCGAUUACACCUAAAAUUUCCGUUGAAUUUAUGACAGGGGUAAAACUUGAUUGGAAAAAGUUACGGUUUGGGGGAGGAGGGAGGGAAGAAAAUCAAAUCAAAAAUCUCGACCAUUUGCCGCGGCAAGUUUCGAUUCUCGUUCAUGGUCGACUAACAGUUGUCGAUAUUCCGCUCGCGUAUGAAUAAAUCCAAUCGGUCGAAACCAUGCUUCGUUAAAUUUGGUUAAAAAAUUCACGCAAGAACCAUCGCCGCGCGUUACGUUGUGGCGGUGAGUUUAAUCACUCCGAUGUUAAUUACGAAAUGACGUGACGCGGGGGUUAAUUUCGGUAAAAUCGUGAUUAUCAAUCAACGCGGUCUAAUUUUCGCACCGGGGAGUGAGAUAAAAAAUCACGGAAGAAAUCGCUGGGUGAAAACCUGGUGUUUCAAUCAGUCCGGAGCGGAGAAAACCGGCGUGCAAAAGAGGAAAGGAAGACCAUAAGGGGGAGAGAGGGAGAAGGAAAUAAGAGGAAAACGAGACAGUCAUCCCCUGGUAAUUGGGGAUGCCCCAAACGGAGGAGAGGUCGUGAUGUCUUGCUGCUGCGCCUGCUGCUGCGGAGGGUCCGGUGGGAACGGCGGAGGCUUAGGAAUUACAUCAGGGAUUUCAGCCCUGCUAUCGCUGAUCGUUAUAACGGUGGCAAUAACGACCGGAGAGUGGCUGCUGACCGAGGAAAGACUCCCGAAAUCGGCGUCGAGCAACGCGAGCGUCGAACCGGACAGCAAAGUGACCUACAGCGGGCUUUGGAGGGUUUGCGCAACGCUUGCUUCGCACGUGCAGUACGAGUGCUUCAAUAUCGACUACUUUCCAAGCGAGGAGUACAGCCCGGAUCCCAACGACUCGACAAUGGCCAUACCGUACGCGGUGACCAAGUCGACGAUGUUUUUUUUAGCAGCAACCCUCCUGCUGGUCGCGGCAGAGGUUUGCUAUUUCGCUGCACACGUUUCCCAUCCAAAACACCGGCUCUGCGUUUUUAUCGCCGGUGUGGUUUUCAUAGUUUCCGGAUUGCUGAUGCUCGUCGGCAUGGUGAUGUACAUAUCGGUAUUCAAGGCAGAGGUUGGGAGUAAAUUAAGAACGAGAUCGUCAUUUCAAGGUCCGCAAUUCACCUACAGAUAUGGCUUUUCCUUUUUACUAUACGUAAGCGGAUUCAUAACGACCGAAGUUGCUGGUACCUCGGCGAUAUUCCUCUACAUAUCCUGGCACCAACAGGAAUGGAUCAGGAAAGACUCCCGGCGUAAAAAUUAUGGGGGCGUCUAUCAGCUGGAGCACCAUAUGCACCAGGAGAAUCACGUGAAUAACCAGAACCACGGUAGCUUCCUGUGCGAGAGGCAUCAAAAGCGAUACUUCUUCGGGAGAGACUCGGUGGACGUUGAUUUCGACGAAUUUCUACCCCCGCCUCCGAGUCUGGACUACAUAGAAUAUCCUAGACAAUUUCCGCGGGAUCUGACGGCGCAAACGGUGAGCACCACCGCUGAUGUACUUCAAGAAGAGUACAGCCCCAGUGCUCAGCACGAGUUCGUCACAUUUGACCUGGAGGAGCCACUUCCGCCGCCGCCUCCGGUUAGGGAAUGCGGAUGGGGUCUGGAUACGAUAAGAAGAACUACUCCCGUCUGAUACAGCGUCAGGUAAUCUUUAGAUUUCUUAUUUAUUCAGGUACACAAAACUGGUACAAGAAUUCCAAUUGGACGAUGAAGAUGAGGAGGAUGGUGACGACGAGGAUGAGACCGAAAUCGACGAGCCGG